AUGAAGGAGCAGACCCUGAGAGCGUGGAACUGGUGGCCCAGAGGGUCCUGAAAAUUCCUCUGGCCCACGGGGGCCAGAGAGCCGUGAAACAGCUGCUGGAGGAGAUCCAAGCUGCCCUCCAACUCCCAGACAGUAUGGACUGGGCUCUGCCUUCAGCCCAGGGCCUCCUUCAGCAAGCACAGCGGGCCAGGGAGGAUGCAGACAGAACCCAGGACAAUGUUGAGAAGACCCAGGGAGCUCUAGCUGAGGCCCAGAAUAAUAUAGGGAGAGCUGAGAGAGAGCUUCGGAAAACAAAGCAGGCGCUGAGGGGCCUAGAGGUUCAGACACAGGAGAUGGCUUUAGGGCUAGUUCAGGCCACGCAUGAUCUGGAUGUGGGUGCCACCCUGGACCAGCUCCUGGGGGCAGCAGAUGCUCUACAAGCCCAGGUGUCAGAAAACAAAUUACAGCUGAGGGAGUCCCAGGAGCAAGCAGAACAGGCCUCAGACACAGCUGCAAACUUGGGCAAG